AUGAAUGGUGUUACUGACCCUGAACAGGAUUUCUCUGAGUUUGUGGAAGUUGAUCCUACUGGAAGAUAUGGAAGAUACAAUGAAGUUCUUGGCAAAGGAGCUUCAAAAACAGUCUAUAGGGCCUUUGAUGAGUAUGAAGGGAUUGAAGUAGCAUGGAACCAAGUGAAGCUUUAUGACUUCUUGCGGAACCCUGAAGAUCUUGAGAGGCUCUACCGUGAAAUUCAUCUGCUCAAGACCUUGAAGCACAACAAUAUCAUGAAGUUUUACUCUUCUUGGGUUGAUGCUGCUAACAGACACAUUAACUUUGUUACUGAGAUGUUUACUUCUGGUACUCUCAGACAGUAUAGGCUAAAACACAAGAGAGUUAACAUCAGAGCAGUGAAGCACUGGUGUAGGCAGAUUUUGAAAGGGCUUCUCUAUCUCCAUAGCCAUGAUCCCCCUGUGAUCCACAGAGAUCUCAAGUGUGACAAUAUUUUCAUCAAUGGGAACCAAGGUGAAGUCAAGAUUGGUGAUCUUGGCCUCGCUGCUGUCCUCCGUAAAUCGCAUGCUGAUCGUUGUGUUGGAACGCCAGAGUUCAUGGCUCCAGAGGUUUAUGAAGAGGAAUACAAUGAAUUAGUUGACAUUUAUUCCUUUGGGAUGUGCAUCUUGGAGAUGGUUACCUUUGAAUAUCCAUACAGUGAAUGCACUCACCCUGCUCAAAUCUAUAAGAAAGUUAUCUCUGGGAAAAAACCAGAAGCUCUAUACAAAGUAAAGGAUCCUGAGGUGCGGCGUUUUGUUGAAAAAUGCUUAGUGGCCGUGUCUCGUAGGCUUUCUGCUAGUGAGCUUUUGAAAGACCCUUUCCUCCGGGUUGAUGAUUAUGGAUAUGAUUUAAGGCCAGUAGAGUAUCCAAGGGAUAUGUAUGAAAUAGGGCCCCUCUUAAGACAACCUUACUCUGAACUUCAUCACAGUAACAGCUCUUUGAGUAAUGGGUAUGGCCAUUGUCUUGGUUAUGAAACUGAAAAUGAGUUGGAUUACCAUCCGGUUGAUUACAGAUUGAGUGAAAUUGAUCUAUUUGCUUGUCAAGAGGAUGAGCAUUUGGGUGAUCUUGACCUCACAAUCAAAGGAAGGAGGAGAGAAGAUGAUGGCAUCUUUUUAAGGCUCAGAAUUGCAGAUAAAGAAGGCCUCAUCCGAAACAUCUACUUCCCAUUUGAUACUGAGACUGACACGGCAUUGAGUGUUGCUAGAGAGAUGGUUGCUGAGCUUGAUAUCACAGACCAAGAUGUGACAAAAAUAGCAGAGAUGAUUGAUGGUGAAAUUGCUACCUUGGUACCAGGGUGGAAGAGUGGCCAAGGCAUAGAACAAAGUCCCCAUUGCAAUAAUGCAAGUUUUUGUCAAAAUUGUGCCUCAUAUGGUUCCAUUCUGGAUUAUGCAUCAUCAGAUAGUCCAGGUGUCAAGAACCUCCAAGUUCUUCAGUGUUCUAAACAUGGAUCUGCUGCUGUCCAUGGCCGUUUCGAAGAGAUUACCUACCAAGUUGAAGGGUCAGAACAAUGUCUUACAGAUGGUGCACCCAGAACAUCAAGCCAUUCUAAUGGUGUGCCCUAUGCUGAUAUCUGGGCUCAAAGAGAUGGACCAGAAUCCAGCUCACAAGGUUCAAGAGAAUCAAGAGAGAUCCAUUGUGAUGAAAAUCAUGAAACAAUGGAUGUAACAAACUUUGGAAAGGAAGAGAGAAUUAUAACUAUGGACAAUGGGAGCGACUCCAAAGCAAGAAAUUCUUUCUCAGAGAAACUUUCAACCACUUCUGAUCAAUUAGAUGAUUAUGAGAAUGAGCUUCGUCAAGAACUAAGAUGGCUCAAAGCAACGUAUCAAAUACAGUUGAGGGAGAUUAGGGACCAACAGCUUGGAGUAAAACCAAAAACUUCAAGCCCAAGUCCAAAUUCUGAUCACUCGGAGCACAGGGAAAAGAAUGGAGCUUUAAUGUCCUUCGUUUCACCCCGGCGGACAAAAGAAAACAAAAAACCUUCCCUGAAAUCCUUUUCCUCAGGAAAGCAUUUCACAUAUUUUCCAGUGGAUGCUGAAAAGAAAUAUUUGGCAAACCAAAGUCUCCAAAAUUGUGAGGUAAUUGAUGGGGCUUACAGUCCUGAGCAAAUGAUCACUGCAAAGAGUUUCUACGUAGGAGCGAUGCUUCCACACUCUCUUCACAGGGCAACUUCUCUACCAGUUGAUGCUAUAGAUGUUUAA